AGCUCCCUUUGUCUGUUUGCUCAGCUUUGCGUUAAGGAAAUCCAAAAUACCCAGGGUGUAGGAGCUCUGCUUCAACGCAACCCCCCCCCCCCCCUAAAACCAAACAAGAAAACAAGGCGAGAAAAAUACUUAGAAAAAUUAGAGGACGCCGAGGGCGAAUGGGGCGCAAGCAUAGUCACCAAAAAGCGAUUUUCAACAUCCAGCAACACUUCACAAUGCUUCUUUUCGUGACUGGAGCAAGUUACUUGAGCCAAGAGAUGGCCAUGAUCAUUUGAACUCAAUCUUUCUUUGUAAUUUCAAGUUGAACGAAGCUGCCGCUUUUCUUUUCGGUCUAUGUUUUUGAACACAAAAGGAAUCUCAAAAGUGGACCUGGAUUUUCUCCAUCAAGGACUGCCAGAACUGUUGUGGCCCAAAAAGUUUUUUGCCUUUUCAUUGAUCGAACUUGAAGUCUCCAUCAGAACAUCACCCGGAGUAGAUUUCGCCUUCAAAAGUUUUGUGAUUGUAAAAAUUUGCUGACCGCAAUACGCCGCCAGUGUCCGAAGUUUGAUAACAUCAACUUAACUGCCUCUGUUGUCACUAAGUUGACCUCUUUGUGAGAGGGCUUUACAGCAACGCAACAGCGACUGGUUACUCAGGCCAAGUGCUCGUUGACCAAGCUUUAGUUUUCCAUCGUGUCUCACAGUUGGACUAUCUGAAGAAAAUGUGAAGAUAUCUCGCUUUCAAAGGACUGAGAUUUUCCAGCGUUUGGAUUUGAGAUCUGAGGCCAAUGGAUCUAUAGUAGUUUAUGUGAGGGUGGCACUGAACUAGUGCAGUUGCCUCAAGCUGCCUACUCUCAGUUGAAAAUGGCUGAAGUUAUGCAGGCCUGAGUGUUGUUUUGCUACUACAUAAUGUUUUUUCAAAAUAAUGAAUUCUCAGCUUCACAUUGGGAGUGUGGUACUGUGUAAGAGGACCCGGUGUGUCUACCAUUCUACCGCUUUCCCACGAUCAACGUCCUCGCAGCUGAAUUUCACACUGACUACAGCCCCUUCAGAGAGAGUGGUCUCCCUGUCUCCGAAUCCCCCCAGACCUGCGGCUUUUCUCAUCUCCACCGUGUGGCUGAUAUUCCCUUCCUGUUAUCUGUCAUGGGCACAGCAGUGCCCUGUCCCCCCUGUCGUCCUUGCCAAGCACGAUGUCAACGGCAACAGGACCGUACCACCAUUCCCCGAGGGACUGCAGAUGGCUAUGUUUGGGAUGGGCUGUUUCUGGGGCGCAGAGAGAAAGUUCUGGAAGCAGAAGGGAGUCUACUCCACCCAGGUGGGCUAUGCUGGAGGCCUCACCCCCAACCCCACCUACGAAGAGACCUGCACAGGUAGGACAGGCCAUACUGAGGUGGUGCGGGUGGUCUGGGAGCCAGAGAAGACCAGCUUCUCCAAACUGCUCAAGGUGUUCUGGGAGAGCCACAACCCAACUCAAGGAAUGCGUCAGGGCAACGACGUAGGAGCGACCUAUCGAUCAGCCAUCUACACAUACACACAGGAGCAGCUUGAACAGGCUCUGGCCUCCAAAGAUGACUAUCAGAAGUACCUGACUAUUCAUCAGGCUAACAGAGCCCCAUGCUGCUUCCCAGGGUGUAGAGCUGGCUAGCUGUUGUCAGGCCGGAGUUGAGUUGUCUGGGAAAGCCGGUGCAAUAGGGAGCACACUCCCAGGGAAGAGGAGGACGUGGAGGAGGAAGUGGAGGUGGAGGAGGAAGUGCAGCAUAUGGGAUGGAUUUGUUCCUUUAUGGAGCUGAGAUCCUGCAGCCCCUCCUCUCCUAAUGGCAGCCUAAUAACACAGCCGAUCAGGGGACACCCUCUCCUCCCUCUCUCCCCCUUCCCCCAUGUCCCUCCAUCCCAUUGCCCGUUCCUCUACCCCUCCCAUAGAGGCCCAGUCUCUCACCCAAAUGAGCCCCAUUUACACAUGCAGCCAGGUUCCACUGCCCAGCAGCCACUGCAGGAGAGGCCUUCUAUUGGCUGCUGUCAGUGUCUCCUUUACCACACAACUGCUACCACUACCUGGUGUAUUAUACUAUUGUUACUAUUCAUAGUAAGUUGAGGCCCCGACUGUGUUCCUAAAAAAAGACUAUCUAUCUAUCUAUCUAUCUAUCUAUCUAUCU